GAAUGAACUUCGCGAUGGCUGCCCAGUCGAGCUUGUACAACGAGGACAGAAACUUGCUGCGGAUGAGAGAGAGGGAGAGGAGGAAUCAGGAGGCACUGCAGGGCAGAGACAAGUUCCCUCAGAAGACCCCGCUCUUUGCAGAGCCCUACAAGACCAACAAGGGCGAUGAGUUGUCAAGCCGCAUCCAGAACAUGCUGGGCGAUUACGAGGAGGUCAAGGAGUUCAUCAGCAACAGAUCCCACCAGGAUUUCAUCGGGAUUCCCAAAGUGGUUGCUCCCCUGCUCCCCCUGGGCAAGCCCGCCCGGCCCUCCCUCCCGGAGAAGAGCAGCCAGCCGCUGGCACCCCCCUGCCAGCCUGCCACCCACUGCCCGCCCGCGCUGGCGGCCCCGCACCGCGCCCUCCCCCGCCAGAAGGCACCACCCCGGGCAGAGCCCACCCUGGCCCUGCACCCCAAGGGCCUCUGCUUGCCCAGCUCCCAGGGCACAGGCCGAGAGCGCAGCCGGGGGGGCCAGGAGAGUCGUGCAGGCUGGCAGCCCAAGAGGAGCGAGAGGCGGGCACCGGGUGAGGCUCCUGCUGAGCAGCUGCAGGCCUCUCUCCUGGCGCUUUCUCCGCUGCUCUCAGCUCUGUCUUCUCCAGUGGCUCCCCUGUCCCCUCUACAUUCCAGCCAGCACGCCAGUGCCGGGUCACAGAGCGGCAGCAAGGGCCGUGGGCUCACCUCCAGGCAGCCAGAGGCAUCUCAGGACCUGGGGGCAGGCUCAGAGGAGAAGGAGAGCUGGGAGGGCCCAGCCCUUCCCCUGGCCAGCACCGCUCAGCCUCCCUCUCAAGCUUUCCCCCAGCCUUUGCCAUCCAAACCCAGUGCAAUGCAGCAGAAGCCAACUGCCUACGUCAGACCAAUGGAUGGCCAGGAUCAGGCCCCAGUGGAGUCACCGGAGCUCAAACCUCUCCUGGAGGAAUACCAUGGAGAGCCCUAUGGGAAGAUCUUGGAUUUGAAGGCGAAUGCCAAAGCCAAGCUAUCCAAACUGGAAAUCCCUUCAGAGCCCCUGGAGCAAACCUUCCCUGGUGAUGUCCACUCCAUUGAAGACAUUUUGAAGGAAAUGACCCACUCCUGGCCACCUCCCCUGACAGCUAUUCACACCCCCAGCACAGCAGAGCCUUCCAAGUUCCCAUUCCCAGCAAAGGAGCCACAGCACACUGGAGCUGCAGCCCAGAGUCAGAGGCAGUAUGAGGCACCCUCCAAACCCUUGCCUGCUCCUCAGCCACCACCAUCCAUGCUCCAGGAGGACCUGCACCUCAGUGACAGUGAAGAGAGUGGUGAUGACCAAGUUGUUGAACAGCCACCUCCUGAGCUCGCUCCUCCAGGCUACAGUGCCCUGCAGUCCCAGCCCAGGAGCGUGGCCUCAGCACAUUCCAGCAGCCUGGAGUCGGGGGGGAGCACCAGCGGCUCCGACAGCUCCUCCGACUCGGAGACCGACAGCAGCGCCAGCGACGCCAACACCCUGCCCCCAGUGCCAGCCCCUCAGCCCGAGCCCCCAGCCUGUAACAAGUGGCAGCUGGACAACUGGCUGAGCAAAGUGAACCCUGCAGCAGUGCCAACAGACAGCGUCAGCCAAAGCAGCCCUGGGCAUGGACCUGAGGAGGAUAAGGAGCAGCAGCAGGGCAGCAGCAGCUCCUCCCAGCAGCCCCCUGAGCCCAGGGAGCCUGAUCUGCAGGGCUGCAGCCCAGCAGCUCCUCAGGAUGCUCAGCUGCCCCCCGAGCCCAGCUGCCAGCAGGCUCCUGGGCACACCCAGGAGCCCUUGCCCAGGCACACUGUGGGCAUCAAAAGGCCCAGCAAGGCCCCAGUGCAUGAGGAGCCCAAGGGAGGCCUGAAGGUGGAGAGUGAGCCUGGGCUGUGUGAGCUCAGGGAGCAGCCCUGCAGGGACAAGCCCAAGGUCAAAACGAAAGGGAAGGCGAAAUCCAGAGACAGGAAAGAGCCAAAGCCAGCACUGCCAGAGCCCCCUGAGAAGAGAAAGCACAAAAACUCUCAGCAGGCCAGUGCCAAACCCUUCCUGGACCCCAAGCCCACCAGAGAGCUCUGGUUUGGCAGUGCCCAGGAGCACCUCAUUCUCAGUCCCCUUCCUGAAGGCCAGGGCACCACCCCCCCCAGGACUAGUGGCCACAGGCCUCCCACGGUGGCCAGAGAGGAUUGUCACAAGGAGAAGCUUCCCUUGCCUGGCCAGGAGAGCAAGCUGGGCUCCCCAGUGAGGGACCCCUGCAACCCCCAGUCCCUGGUGGUGAAAAUCCAUCUGCCCCUCCUGUCAAGAGUGCCCCAGUCCUCGGGGACAAGCAGCCAGCAGAAGAGAGCAGAGGCCAAGGAGCACCCUGGGGCAAGGAAGAGGAAAGCCACAGACCCUCCUGACAAGCCUCUGCCAAAGAGGAAGAGGAAAAUGGAGGAGGAGGUUGAGAGGAAGAAACCUAAAUCAGAACAGAAAAGCAUCCCCCUGCUGCCUGCAGCUGAGAAAGACUCCAGCAAGCUGAAAACACCAAAAGCUCCAUGUGAAACCCAGAACCAAGACCUCCUGCUCCCCACAGCACUGCCACCCAAGUCUGCUGCAGCCAAGCCAAGCAAGGUGGCCCCAAAGAGACCAAUAAGUGAGAGCAGAGAGCUGCCAGACACAGACAACACUGCCAGGAGCAAGAGCAGCCACAAGGAUCCUUUGAGCUCCAAGCACAGGAAGGUGGAGAGCGAUCAGCCUGGGCUGUCCAAGGGCAUCAAAGGAUCUGCAGGGGAUGUCUCAAAGCCUUUCCCAGUGCCUUCUUUGCCAAAUGGUACCUCCAAGCCAAGGAGACCUCAACUCAAGGCUGAAAAGAAGCAUCCAGUGGAACACUACAGAGAAGAGGCCAAGAGGCUGAAGCACCAAGCUGAUUCCAUGACAGACAAGACUGGCAAGGCCCUGCAGUACCUGGAUGCUGCCCUGGCCUUCAUUGAGUAUGGGAUUGCCUUGGAGCUGGAUGCACCAGCACCAAAAUCAGCUUCCAGCAUCUUCAGGGACACCAUAGACCUCAUCCAAUUCAUCACCAGAGUGAUGUCCUUCACAGGCUCCUCAGCAUCCUGCCACGAAGAGAUCUUCCUGGUGUUAUGCACACGGUGCCAGGCCCUCCUGCACAUGGCCAUGUUCCAGUACAAAAGAGAGACUGCAGUGAAGUAUUGCAGGCUCCUGAGUGACCUCUUCAAGAUCUCUUCCAGAGCAGCACCAGCAGCCUCUCCCUGUGUGGCAAGGAGCACAGGCUUGCCUUCUCCUCUCUCUCCAUUGCCUUCUCCUGCUGGGUCUGGGAGCUCUCAGCCAGGAUCAAAUGCCAGCAGCUCCAGUGGCAGCAGCUCUUCAGUCACAGUCCCCAGCAAUGUCCCCAGCAUCACCUCCUCCUACAUCAGCAUCACCUCCUACAUCCUGCAGGCCUGGGAGCUGUGGGAGCAGGCUGAUGGCCUGGCCAAGAAGAACAAGGCCUCUGCAGAGUUUUUUGCUGAGCUGAGCACAGCCACUGGCCCCCUGGCUCUGACCAGCAGCCUGAGGGAGCUGCUCCACUACACCAGGCAGGGCCUGCAGUGGCUGAGGAUGGAGACCAACAGCCCUUAGAGUGGUGCUCAGCCUCUGCUGGAAGGACCUGGAACUUCUUUGCACUUUGGAAGCCUCAGAAGCAGUCUGACUUCCUGAGCUGUUGGACACAAAGCACCUGCAAGGGGGAAGGAAGGCCAGGGAAGGGAUCUGGUUACACUGGAAACACUUUUGGGGGGGUUUUGGUUGAGUUUACUUUUUGGUUUUGUUUUUUGUUUUGUUUUGGUUUUUUUUUCGUACAGAGAGAAGAGCUGGAGGAAAGCCUCAGCCUUGCUGGCACCUCCCUUCAGAGUGCCAAAGUGCAAUGAAUUUGUCCCAGUGG